AUGGCCAUUCAAAUGGAACAAGUUCUUUUCUUUUUACUAUCAUUAUACGCGGCCGUAAGCGUUGGUGAUCACGCACCCCCGUUCAAGCCGCUGCUCCCAUCGUCCUACACCAAAUCUCCGCUGAUGUACGCCAGUUUCGUGCCCAAGCACGGCAGUGGACUGAAACCCUACAUGACGCAAUUCCGGGCCGGUACGCGCCUGACACCAGUAGCGAUUCGGCCAGCUCCAUCGAUGAUUAUGAGUUUGAAAAGACCCAUCAAAUCCAUUCUAAGCCACCCUUCGCUUAUGAAGCAACCGCUACUGAAGCGACCGCCGCCACUACCAUUUGCUGCGGCCAGCAUUAAGCAUCACAAAUUCCACAGUUCACCGUUGGGACCUAGUACGGGAGAGAUCGUCUUCGAAAAGCUCAAACCGAUCACCACGAAGCUAACCUCCCACAAGGAUGGUGCCAUUCACACGAUACCAGCCCCGAACCUGGGUCUAACGAAGCCCGCGAAAGCACCGAACCAGAUCCGUGUAACGUCUUACGAGGACAGCAACAAGCUGGAGAUCGAGGUGAAGACGACAAAGCCCACGUUCACCGCUACGCCAUCCUUCUUGAACCUGAACCCAACGCCCGCCCCAGCAAUCGUGCCGUUCAACCAUCACGCCAUUGGCAACCCUCAUCAAUACCAGGUGACCGAGGAGCACUCGAACGACGUGACGAUCGGGGACUUGUACUCGGGCAAGAAGACCUACUUCGCACCGGAUCCGGAUCCAUCGCUGCCGAGCAAAACGUUGGUUCCCACGUCUGAUCCGCUCAGCAUUCCAAGCAACGGGAAGUUUACCCCCACGAGUGUCCUGCUGCAGUCUCCGGUUGCUCACUAUCCGCUCCAACCGCAGACUAGUGCGUCGGCCGUGAUCCAGUACGUCAAUGCGGUCCCGCAGGCUAGCUACGCGAUUCCGCUCGCAACCCAACCGCAGCUGCAGCAACACAUUCUGCAACAGACAGCUAUGCUCCAGGAGAUGCCCGUUUCGCUCUAUAACCCCACCUAUCUCGUGACCCAAUCCAACAACCUUUUCAACACCCACCAACAGCAGGCGGCCGUGAAUCUCUUUAAGCCGGAUACCCACUUCCUCGGUACGAUGCAACAACAUCAGCAGCAGCAACAGCAACAUCAUCAGCAGCAGCAACAGCAGCAUCAGCAGCAGCAACAGCAGCAACAGCACCAACCGCAACAUCAGCAAACAUCGCAGCUGGUGCAAACGCAAACGCAAGCACCUCCCGUUCCAACGACCGUGCUCUUCAACACCUACGGCACGUACAAACACAGCGAACCGGCGGCCAGCACGGGCCAGAUAUUGUCCGCAACCCAGGACCAGCUGCACGAGCUGCAAUCGGUGGUGAACCAGAUCCAGCUAAACGACAUCCACAACCAGCACACGUCCGAUAUGCCAACGUACGCGCAGCUGGUCGGCCAUGAGCAACCGGCCAUUCACCAGCAACAGCUUCCGCAGCUCAACCAGCUCGAGCAACAGCUCCAGCAGCAGCUGAUCCAACAGCACCAGCAAGAGAAGAGCAACUCGCAACGCCCGAUGAGUGAAGCCGAAAUCUCUAAUCUGCUGAACUACGGUAUGAUAAAUCUGCACAACAAUCUCUCGCCCAGCGACUACUACCAUUACCAGGUGGAUCAGCCAACUGCGGUGCAUCCGUCGCAGCAUCAAAGCUUCUACGAGCUAUCCGAGCGGCAGAAAGAGAACGAUCGCAUACUGGCACAGGCCCAGCAAGAGCUCUUUCACCAGCAGCAGCAGUACCAACAGCAGCAUCAGCAACAGCAACAUCCGCAACAGCAUCAUCAGCAGCAGCAUCAAUACCAGCAGCAAAUGCAACAUCAGCUAGAACAGCAAGUCCAGCAACAGCAGCAGCAGCAUUCGUUGUCCCAGCAGUACCAGCAAGAGAGCAAUAGCGAUUACCUUCAGGCGUACCAGGACCAUCAGCUAGCCGUCUCGAACAUUCUGGGUUUACAGGACAAACAGUCGCAGAGUGGCAACAACGUCGCUCAGCAGUAUCAUUUGCAUCACGCGGCCAUUGGCAGCACGGUUGAGCCUCAGUCUACCCAGAGUCCCUUGCGAAUAUACGUACCAGAUGGGGAGCACGAGUAUUCUAACAAUGUUAACGCCCAAAAAAGGAUGGAUGAGAUCGACUUUGAGUAUGCGGAUACGGAAGGCCUGAGCCAACUCGAGGACAGCACGACGACAAACGCUCACGCGCGCAACGACGAACCCAUCACGCCCCCCUCAUCCGACGACGCUACCACUAACGCUUACUACGAUGAUAGGACGGCGGAUGCUGCCGUUGAAGACGAGGACGAGAUGUACCGCAAAAAUCUUAGCAAUCAUCGACUCGAAUGA